CAACAUCUGGUGUUUAUGUGUACUGCAUUCUCAUUUCAUCACACCAUAGGUUGACAGGUUAACCACACACUAAUCACUAGCUAAUUAGGGGAGCUGGGUAGCUAAUUAAGGAGGUGAUUAGUGAUUAGAUGAGUGUGGGGUGGAUGCAAUGAGCAGCUUGAGCUGCAGAUGCAGAUGCAGAAGAAGUGAGGUGAAGCUGGGUAGUAGUAGACCAAAUCCAUCUUCACCACCUGACCUCACCAAAUUCCUCACACUAGCCCAAGCUUGGGUGUUGCCUUGCCAUGUCCAUGUCCACCCACCUGGAAUCCUGCUGCCUCCUCCACCUCCAAUCCUGCACGGUCCGAUGCCGCAUCGCCUCCAUGGCCACGGCCUCCUCGUGUUCGGGGUGCUGCUGCUGCUCCUGCUGCGGCCGGCGGCGUCGAACACGCUCUCGACCUUCGCCAUGGCCAAGGCGGAGUCCACGACGAUAGUGUGCGCGCUGCUGCCGUCGGCGGCGUCGCCGGUGCUGGUCGACCUCAAUUGCACGGCGGCCGGCGGCGACCACGAGCGGCAGGAGACGUACCCGUCGUCGCACCCGUUCUCCGCGCUCGCCGGCGGGGACCACUUCCUCUGCGCCGUCGGGCCGUCGGCGGUUAAGGCCGGGGACGUCGCGAUGCGGUGGUGGGAUCUGUCCAAGAACCGUACGGGCGCGCCGGAGACGAACGGGACGAAGGAUGGGGCGGGUAAAUCGAAGAGGGUGUAUCUUGGCCCGCCGCUCCAGGCGCUGUCCUCCGGCGGGUACCGCGUCUGCGGGGUGCUCACCGGCGGGGAGCUCCACUGCUGGCGGUGGCGCGGGCUGAAGAUCCCGGACGGGCUCCGGUUCGUCUCCGUCGCCGUCGGCGACUGGUUCGUGUGCGGCAUCUUGGCGGGGGGGACGAAGUCCAUCCGGUGCUUCGGCAACGACACGGAGGCCGUCACCACCGCGCCGCGCGGCGGGAGCUUCGACGUGGUCGCCGCGCACGGCCGGCGCGCGUGCGCGCUGUCCAUGUCCGGGGGCCUCUUUUGCUGGGGCAACGGCGCGCCGUUGACGGGCGGAGGUGAGGACGCGGCCACAACCGGGUACGCGGCGCUGGCAUUGGGCACGGACGGCGUCUGCGGGCUGCGCACCAACGGCACCAUCCGCUGCUUCGGCGACGGCGUUGCCUCGCCGCCGGGCAGCCUCGCCGACUCCCAGUACGUCGAUGUCCAGGCGCACGGGAGGGUCUUCUGCGGCGUCCUCAUGGCGAACUACUCCCUUGUCUGCUGGGGCGGCCGCGAGUUCAACGCGACCAACCGCCUCGUGUUCGACCGUGUCCUGCCGGGCCCGUGCGUCGACAUGUCCACCUGCAACUGCGGCGUCUUGCCGGGAUCGGCCAACCUCUGCGACACCGGCCGCUGCAUCUGCCGGGACUGCGCGUUCGAGUUCAACAUCGCCACACCCAGUGCGCCGCUUGGGCCCGGCUCCGGCAAGAGCAGCAGCAGCAGGCGGAGCAGGAUCAUCUGGGUCGCCGUCGCCGCCGGCGCAUUCCUCGUGCUCCUGGUGGCAUUGCAAUUCGUGCUGCUCCUGUGGUGUCGCCGCCGGCGCCGGCGCAGGGACGCCCAAGGGGACCAAGCGGCGAGGGUGUCGCUGAUGCUGCCGCGGCAUGGUUCCAGCAAGGGGCCGGGCAGCGUGGUGGAGCAUUUCACCCUGGAGGUGCUCCAGGCGGCGACGGAGGGGUUCUCCGACGAGCGGCGGAUCGGAUCGGGGAGCUUCGGGUCGGUGUACCGCGGCACGCUCCCCGACGGGCGCGAGGUGGCGAUCAAGCGCGCCGAGGACCAGGCGAAGUCGUCGAGCUCGGCGAGGCCGGCGCGGCGGCGCGACAGGGAGACGGCGUUCAACUCGGAGCUCACCGCGCUGGCGCGCGCCAACCACAAGAACAUCGUGUGCCUGCUCGGCUGCUGCGCCGACUCCGGCGAGCGCGUGCUGGUGUACGAGUACAUGGCGAACGGCACCCUCCACGACCAGCUCCACGACCGGAGCCCCAUGGCGCCGCCGGUGUCCACCUGGCGCGGCCGCCUCACCAUCGCGCUCGACGCCGCGCGCGGGAUCGAGUACAUGCACGUGUACGCCGUGCCGAACAUCAUCCACCGCGACAUCAAGUCGGCCAACAUCCUGCUCGACGACUCGUGGACGGCCAAGAUCGCCGACUUCGGGCUCUCCUCCGUCCUGGAGCCGGCCGCCGCCGGCGGCGGCGACUGCGAGGGGAGCACCUCGCGGCCGCUCUACACCGGCGGCACGGUGGGGUACAUGGACCCGGAGUACUACCGGAUGCAGCACCUCACCGACAAGAGCGACGUGUACAGCUUCGGCGUGGUGCUCCUGGAGCUCAUGUCGGGGUGCCGCGUCGUGCAGCGCUACGCCGAGAGCGUGACGCCCAAGAACGUCGUCGAGUUCGCCGUGCCGCACAUCCUCGCCGACGAGGUCCCCCGCGUGCUCGACCCGCGCCUCCCGCCGCCGACGCCGCACGAGACCGACGCCCUCGCCUACGUCGGCUACCUCGCCGCCGACUGCGUCGGCCCCGUCGGCUGCGACCGCCCCUCCAUGACCGAGGUCGUCGACGCCCUGGAGCGCGCCCUCGCCGCCUGCGCGGCGGCGCCGCUCUCCCGCUCCGGCACCGCCCGCCGCGUGCUGUCCCGCUCCGGGACAGACCAGUUUGACCUCACUGACACUGACUAGCCAAUCUGCCACCACGCCAUUGACCCCAUCGCCUCGAGGCCGCACCGGAACACGCCAUUGUCGCCGUCCACGCCGCUGCCAUGCCAUUCCGUCGCUGACGCGACGUCCCUAUCGACAUUGCGUCAGCGGCCACUCCACGGGGGUCCAAGAACCUACCCAGGUCGCCAUUGGAGUGGGAGACGCGAAGACGUCGUCGUGCGCGCAGCUGGUCCUCGCGAAAGCAACACCAUGGAAUCCAUGGAAUGGGGAAGAAGAAGAAACCAAAGCGGACACAGACAUCUCCGAUGCUUCCGCUUCUGCUACUGCUGCAAAUUAAUGGCUGAUUUCUUGGUGAGAUAAUCUCCUCCUCCUCCUCCUCCAUGAUCACGAUGGGAUUGUAGACUCGUUAACAACUUCACAGCGACAUGACACCGGAUCAUCAUCAUCAUCAUGCACGACGGGGGAUAAAAAAUCAUUCUUUCCUGAAAAUUUCUGUUUUUUCUUUCUUUCUUUCUUUCUUUUUCCUGUGUGCACGAAUUGGUGCUGUAUUUGUUCUAUCUUUUGCCAAAAAAAAAAGCUUUUCUUUUCUUUUAUUCCCACUUUGGUCAUAAGGAUUCUUUAUUGGUGUGUAUAGAUUAGUCACAGAUGGUGAACAAAUUUUAGUGUUACUAGUGAGGAUUAGGGACAGUGUAUUUAUUGUCUAUUGAUGUUUUCUUCAUGUGUUCAAACACUGCAAAGAUGAGAUUUUUAAGCUGUAAGUUGCCGGCAGAAAAUGCAAAGUUAAUGUGAAACACUUGAGUGCAUCCUUGAAAGUAUUCUGCAGCUAAAUUUUGGCGAUGAUGAGGAAGAUAUUGUUCUUUGUACACAUUUGUGAGGUCAAAAGGAGAAGAAAAAAAGAGACGUACUUUUUGUGUAGUGCUCAUCUUUCUUGCUCACUUCCCAAUGCUUCUCCAUUUCAUUCUGGUAGUCUAGCUACUUGACAUCUAAAGGUAACAGUUUUAGUUAAGCUUCUCGU